UCAGAAGCAUGCAGACCAAGCACAAGGGCCGCAGUUGGUGGUAGUGUAUAUGUUGGCAUUUCACAAGUUCAUGGGCUGUGUUCACGGCUGUUCGCGUAAGAUGGCCGAAUCUGAUGAAUUGAAAAACGUUUGAUGCAACGCAAAAUCUUAUUGUAUCUGAUCAGGAGCGUAGCGAUGGAUGAAAGCGAGUCUUCCACUGAUGCCUUCUGUUUUGUGAGGUUGUCGGUGUUCACUUUGACCUGUUGGAUGAUGGCAGCACAAGUUCAAGGAUUGUCUCCCGACGGCAAAAUAUUACUUGAGAUCAAGAGUUCUUUCGUGGACAUUCCAGGAAAUAUGAGCAACUGGCUGGCCACAGAUGCAUCACCUUGCAGUUGGUUCGGUAUCUCGUGCCUCGAGGAUGGAUUUUCAGUACGGUCGAUCCACCUCAGUGGGCAUGAUUACAAUCUUUCAGGAGAAAUCUCUGCCAGUUUUGGGAAGCUAGCAUUUCUGCAGGAGCUUGAUCUAGCUUCCAAUAAUCUGAGCGGCCCCCUACCCAAAGAACUCGGCAAUUGCUCUGAGCUACGGUCCAUCCGACUCGAUUCGAACCCGCUAAUCUCAGGAUCCAUUCCUCCUGAAAUCGCGAAGCUUUCCAAAUUGCAGCAUCUGAAUCUAUCCCAGCUGCAGCUCACAGGCAAGAUACCGAUUGAGUUCGGUAAUUUGAAGAAUCUGCUGAAUUUGUCGCUCCUCACCAACAAUCUCUCAGGCUCCAUACCACCAGCUCUAGGAUCUCUGCAUCAACUCUCCGUCCUUGAGCUGGCCAACAAUUCUCUUUCCGGCCCUCUACCUCCUGAACUGGGCAACUGCAAAAACCUGUCCAGCCUGAUUUUAUACAGCUUGCAGCUAGAUGGGAGCAUUCCGCCGACGCUCGGCCAGCUGGAGAAAUUACGAGAGUUGGACCUCACGACCAAUCGACUGACUGGUGAAAUUCCACCCGAGCUCGGAAACUGCACAAGUCUCACGCACAUUUACUUGGGCACUAAUUCUCUCGGCGGCAAAGUACCGGAGCAGCUUGGAAGACUUCAAAAUGUGAAGGUUUUGUUUCUAAACACCAACAGUUUCACAGGAGAGAUUCCUGCCGUGCUUGGAAAUAUGUCCAGUCUCACCAACCUCACGAUAGGAGAAAAUUUACUUAUGGGAGAGAUACCUCCAACACUGGGGUUCUUGAGAGAUUUGAUGUACUUGAAUCUUUAUGAAAACAAUCUCACCGGAAAGAUCCCCGGUGAACUGGGCAACUGCACGAAGCUUGACUUCCUCUACCUUCCUUUCAACAAGCUAACAGGGAGCGUUCCACCUGAGCUCGGAAAUCUGCGGCUGCUGUCCUCUCUUCAGUUAUGGAAUAACAGCUUGAGUGGCAUUCCUUCUGAACUAGGUAAUUGCUCCAACCUCCGAGUGCUCGACAUCUACAGCAACAAGCUGGUCGGCAACAUUCCACCAGAAAUUGCUAAGCUCCCUCGGCUGCGAGAACUUCGUCUGUAUGACAACCAGCUCACCGGAACCAUCCCUUCUGAUCUCGGGCUUCACAGCAACCUCACUCAUGUCAUUCUUCGCAUCAACGAAUUGACUGGAACCAUUCCACCCGGACUCUGUUCCUUUGGCAGGAUCACGAUUCUAGAUGUGUCGAACAAUCUGUUGGAUGGUGAAGUGCCAGUUGAUGUGGCAAGGUGUCCGACACUUUAUCGCCUGCGCCUUCAGUACAAUCGACUUACAGGGCCGAUACCCAAGGAAAUCGGGCAGAACAAAGCACUAUUAUAUUUCGACGCAAGCUUCAACAACUUGAGCGGCAGCAUUCCCCCUGAGGUGGGCUUGUGUACAAAGUUGACCGCAGUACUGCUUUCUCAGAACAGUCUAAACGGCACAAUUCCGUCAAGCCUGGGCCAGCUUCCACUCCUUGUGGAAUUGAAUGUGUCUUCCAAUCAGCUGAGUGGCUCUAUCCCAUCCGAGCUUGGGAACCUCUCAACGCUCUACGAGCUGGACUUGAGUGACAACUCUCUGACGGGAGACGUUCCCCUGGAGUUGUCCAAAAUGUCCAGUUUGAGAUUUCUCAAUCUGAACGACAAUAGUCUAACAGGGCUUUCAAAUAUCUGGAGUUCUCUCGGCAGUCUUCAGGGACUCCAACUGGCAGGCAACAAGUUUUCUGGUUUGGUGCAUGCCGAGAUUGGCACGAUGACGUCUUUACAAAUAAUCCUGGAUCUGAGUAGAAAUCAUUUUUCCGGUCAAAUUCCUGCUGAGCUCGGUAGGCUGCAGCUGUUAGAAUAUCUGGACCUUUCGGUCAACAAUUUCUCCGGGGAGAUCCCGGCAAGUCUAGGCGACAUGGUGUCUUUACAGUUUGUGAACAUCUCUUACAACAAUCUGUCCGGUGCUCUGCCCUCCUCUUGGGAAGUCCUCUUGAAAACCAGUCAAGUACUGGGAAAUCCAGAGCUCUGCUAUUCGGGGAGAAAUUGCUCUUCUGAAUCACCGGCUCAGAGUCCAGAGGGUGACGGGGCUGAUAGUAUUUCAAUUGAGGAAAUUCUCGGGCUUGUGGCUACCGUGUUUGCGAUUACACUGGCCUUGAUACUUGCUGGGGUUUUCAUAUACUACCGACGUAGAACCAGGUUCGAAAGCGACGAGUCCUCAGCUAAAUUAGAGGUCUGGUGUAAGGAUCAUAAAUACAGGGAGCUGACCUUCCAAGCUAUUCUUGAUGCGACUGGCGAGAUGAACAGACAUUACGUUGUACACCACAGCAGCAGCAGUACUGUGUACAAAGCUUCCCUAAAUAAUGGAUUGGCUCUAGCAAUAAAAGUACUGAAUGCGGAUUUGAAUCAUCGCCUAGAGAAAGCGUACAGGAUGGAAGUAGAGACCAUCGGGAAAGUUAGGCACCGCAAUCUCGUAAAGAUGAUUGGCUUCUGCGAGUGGAAGAAUCUCCGGCUCGUCAUCCUCGAGUUUCUAAGCAACGGGAGCUUGUAUGAGGUUCUGCACGGGAAAGAGGGACAGGGGUUAAGUGACUGGACAUCCAGAUACAAGGUGGCUGUAGGGAUAGCUUACGGGUUAGAGUAUUUGCAUGCCUAUUGCGACCCACCGAUCAUACAUCGCGACAUCAAGUCUUCAAACAUUCUUCUGGACGACGAUUUCGAGCCUCACAUUUCAGACUUCGGCAGCGCAACGCUUCGAGACAAGGCGCACCCGAAUGGUACUACAUCCAAGGUCGUGGGCACACAUGGCUAUAUAGCACCAGAGUGCGGAUAUACACUCCAGCUGAGCGACAAAGUUGACGUGUACAGCUAUGGAGUAGUGUUGCUGGAGCUACUGACAGGAAAGCAGUCACUUGAUUCCAGCUUUCCAGAAGGAACAACGAUUGUGGGCUGGGUCGAGGACCACGUCAAGACGGGACAGAUGGUGCACGAGUUACUGGAUAAGGCGGUGUUGGAGCCUCAUGACAUUCAAACGGGGACAGAAAUGCUCAUGGUUUUUCAGGUAGCUGCUUUGUGUACUAAGAACGUUCCUGCGGAACGGCCGACGAUGCAGAAAGUGGUGACCAUGCUGCAGCAAGUCAAGGAACCACGGAGAAUGUCGGAUUUGAUGAAUACCAUUCUAGGUGUUGGAACAAGUGGUGUUGACACUGAGGUGCCUAUACAGGAGUAAAGUAGACUGAUAUGCGUGGAGGACUGUCAAUUUUACGUGUCGAUGAUGUACAGCUCCUUGACAGUCCCUUAGGUGAUAUAAGAUAAUACGAGGCCAAGUCCCGUACUCUCCGAUACAGACUUUGUACAGCUUUAUGCACUUUGAAUCCCAAGUUGGAAAAAUGGACACAACGUUCAGAAAGAUUACGAGAACCACAUCCCUCCACUCUUAAUUAGCUUGACAAUUGACGUAAGGUCCGAGGUUACACUGUAACCUCGGACCUGUAACCGUUACACUCAACAGAGAUUGUGUACCACUUCUCCAUCACAAAACAGGUGCCUUGAUCAAGCCCUUUUUCCAAGUGGGACCCGCUACAGCC